AUGGCCACUGUGGAGCAGAGAGCCCGCGGGAUUGGCUUCAAGUGUCUCUCUUUGGCCACUUUUGUGCUCGUCUGCGCCGGGCAAGGGGGACGCAGGGAGGAUGGAGGUCCAGCCUGCUACGGGGGAUUUGACCUUUACUUCAUUUUGGACAAAUCAGGAAGUGUCUUGCACCAUUGGAAUGAAAUCUAUUACUUUGUGGAACAGUUGGCCCAUAAAUUCAUCAGCCCACAGCUAAGAAUGUCCUUCAUUGUCUUUUCUACUCAAGGAACAACCUUAAUGAAGCUAACGGAAGACAGGGAACAGAUCCGUCAAGGCCUAGAAGAACUGCAGAAAGUCCUUCCAGGAGGUGACACAUACAUGCAUGAAGGAUUUGAAAGGGCCAGUGAGCAGAUUUAUUAUGAAAAUAGUCAAGGAUACAGGACAGCCAGCGUCAUCAUUGCUUUGACUGAUGGAGAACUCCAUGAAGAUCUCUUUUUCUAUUCAGAGAGAGAGGCUAACAGGUCCCGAGAUCUUGGUGCAAUUGUUUACUGUGUGGGAGUGAAAGAUUUCAAUGAAACACAGGUGGUGCCCUAUGGGAUGAUGUGUGUAGGCCGGGAAGAGAAAAGAUACUUCAGAGAGGAAGAUACUGGCAUGGUUCACACAAUUUUGAAGAAGUCCUGCAUUGAAAUUCUAGCAGCUGAACCAUCCACUAUCUGUGCAGGAGAAUCAUUUCAAGUAGUCGUGAGAGGAAAUGGCUUUCGGCAUGCCCGCAACGUGGACAGGGUCCUCUGCAGCUUCAAGAUCAACGACUCAGUCACACUCAAUGAGAAGCCCUUCACAGUAGAAGAUACUUAUUUGCUGUGUCCAGCACCUAUCUUACAGGAAGUUGGCAUGAAAGCCGCACUCCAGGUCAGCAUGAAUGAUGGCCUCUCUUUCAUCUCCAGUUCUGUCAUCAUCACCACCACACACUGUUCUGAUGGCACCAUCUUGGCAAUUGCCCUGCUGAUCCUGUUCCUGCUUCUGGCUCUGGCUCUCCUCUGGUGGUUCUGGCCCCUCUGUUGCACCGUGAUAAUCAAGGAAGUUCCUCCACCCCCUGCUGAGGAGAGUGAGGAAGAAGAUGACGAUGGGCUGCCUAAGAAGAAGUGGCCUACAGUGGAUGCCUCUUACUACGGCGGCCGUGGGGUUGGAGGCAUUAAAAGGAUGGAGGUUCGUUGGGGAGAAAAGGGCUCCACUGAAGAAGGGGCUAAAUUAGAAAAGGCAAAGAAUGCAAGAGUCAAAAUGCCUGAGCAGGAGUAUGAAUUCCCUGAACCUCGAAACCUCAACAACAAUAUGCGCAGACCCUCCUCUCCCCGGAAGUGGUACUCUCCGAUCAAGGGAAAACUCGAUGCCUUGUGGGUCCUACUAAGGAAAGGAUAUGAUCGUGUGUCCGUGAUGCGUCCACAGCCUGGAGAUACGGGUCGCUGCAUCAACUUCACCAGAGUGAAGAACAAUCCACCCACCAAGUACCCGCUCAACAACGCCUACCACAGCACCUCGCCGCCUCCCACCCCAAUUUACACGCCCCCAGCCCCAGCUCCGCAUUGCCCCCCUCCACCCCCCAAUGCCCCCACCCCUCCAAUCCCAUCCCCACCUUCCAUCCUUCCCCCUCCACCGCAGGCUCCACCCCCCAACAGAGCACCUCCCCCCUCUCGCCCUCCUCCUAGGCCUUCUGUCUAG